UUUCAACUCGGAUUCAGUCUACGACUAGACCGUUAUUUGCUACGAGACUUUCAUUCCCUUUUUUUCGCCUUUAUUUUUACAAGGCGCUAUAAUUAUUAUUUAUUUAAGUUUUUUUUAAUUACAUUAUUGUUAAUAAAUUAUUAUUAUAAAUUUUUUUUUACCCGUGUCUGUUACGCCAUUUCUUGCUAACAAUAACGGUAACACGGGGUGUUAACUAUUAAAUAAAUAAGUUUUUAACAAGUUAACAAGAAAAAGUAUAAAAAGAAGAAAAAAUGGCGGCUUUUGUGGCAAAGCAGAUGGUUGGAAAUAAAUUGAAUGCCGUUAAGGGGGCGGUUGGCGGUGAGGGUGGCGAUGACGAUGACAAGGAAAAGGAAGAAGAGGCCGAGAGAGAACGGCUUGAGGCAAUUAAGGAAGCCGAAGACAGGCGUAAGGAAAAACAUCGCAAGAUGGAAGAAGAGAGAGAAAAAAUGCGACAAGAAAUUCGAGAUAAGUAUAAUAUAAAAAAACGUGAAGAAAUCCAAGAAAUAACGCAAGAAGAACCAAAUCCUCUGAUGCGUAAGAAAAAAACACCAGAGGAAUUAGCAGCGGAAGCAGAAGCUGAAGAACAAGAUGAGUUUACAAAAUUAAAACAAACAUUGGAGACACACGUUACGGAGAUAAAAUCACAACUUGAAAAUAAAUGUAGCUUGCAAUGAGUAACCAAUUAAAAUCUAGUGAUUGUUAUUAAAAAAAAAAAAAUUAUUAUCUAGUCAACAAACCAAAUAAUAAAGAGUUAAUAAUUUUAUUAAUCACUGGUAAUUAAUUAAAUAGUAUCAUCUCCAGCAGCCAAUAGAGAUGAGAUACAGGAGUACUCGUACGCUCGAUUAAUUUCGGUUCAAAUAAAAAAAAAAGACAAAAAAAAAAAAACUAAAACAAUCGUCAAAAAUUCGAUGUUUUAUUUAUUUAUUUAAAAAAUUCCGCGACUUUUAAUUUUAAACAAAAGUUACUAGAUUUUUUUUCGUACCAGAAAGUCAAAUUUUUUUUAUAAUCUAGGGAUACUAGAAAAUCACUAAAAAUUUUAUUUAAAAAGUUACUAGUCUAAUUUUGAAAAAUAACUAGACAAAAAAAGUCUCUAUAUUAUCUAGGAAUAUUUGGAGUGAAUUUAAAUGGAAAUAUUUUUCAGGACUAAGUGACCCUAAUAAAUUUUUAGGAUCUAGUAAUAUUGGAGUAAAAAAAUCCCUAGAUAAAUUAAAAAAAUAUUUUUUAUAUAAUUAAAUAAUUGUAGAUUAAUUUUUUAUUACAACUAAUAAUGAAGUAAUAAAAUAAUUUUAUAAGUUUAUUAAAAAUAAUAAUAAUAAUUACGCUAUGGUAUUAAUUCGUAUUAAAGAAGAUUAAAAUUAUUUCAAAGGGAUCGUAAAAAGCGUAUUAUAGAGACAAAAAAAGGAAACUUUAAGAAAGUAAUAAUGAAUAAAAAUAAAAAUAUAAAAAAAUUUAAGGAGAUGAAAGAAGCUAAAGAACUUAAGUAAAGUAUAACAAAGGGCUUUGAGAUUUAAAUAUAUUACUACAUAUAUAUAUAAAAAAAAGAGGAAAUUAAUAAUAGAAGAAAUGAGGAUAAGAACGAAAAAAGAAAGGAGUUUAAAAUUUCUAUCGAUUAAUAAAAAAACGUUAAUUGUUUCAGCAGACAUAAAAAAAUUAUAAUUUACUCAUUUUUUAAAUUUAAUGACAUUGACAUGCUUUCAAUAAUUAUUUUUUAAAUUUGACGAUUGAUAAAUAUAAAAAAAAUUAAUAAUAAUAAUAAUUUAAGCAUCGAAGGGACUCAUUUUCCUCGUAUUAUUAAACAACGAGGAUUAAUUAAUUAAUAAAUAAUAAUUAUUAUUAAUUAAUAAUAAUAACAACAAUUUGAGUUUUUAAUAAUUACAAAAAAAAAUAAUAAUAAUAAUAAAUUAGUACCCAUUAAAUAUUUAGCAAGUUAUGUAGUUGUUGAACCGUUCAACGGCUGUUUGAAUAUUUGAACAAAAAAAAAAAAAAUUUCAAAAAAAAAAAAUUAGUGAUAAUAUAAAUAAUUUAUUAGGUAGGGACACAGGGCCAUUGAUGAGAAUUAAAAAUCUGAUAAAAAUUUCCUAUUCCCCUUUUUUCCUAUUCCCCAUAUAAAAAAAAAAAAAAAAAAAAAAAAAAAAAAAAAAAAUUAUUAACAGGCUUUUGCACAAAAAAAAAAUGUGUAAAAUGUUUUAGGUGAAUUUUUUGUUGCCUGUAUUUUUAGCUGACACGCAUGUCGAGGCACUUGUUAAAGUUAUUAAUUAAUAAUUAAUAAUAAUGAAAAAAAAAAAAUAAAUUAUAGUGUUGAUAGGUGAGCAUUAUCUUCCGGUGAUUAAUAUUAUUAUUAUUUUUAUUAUUAAUUAAUAAAUUUAUUUAUUUAUUUAAAUGGAAGAAAACUCACCGAGCGGAUGCAUGCCUUAUAUAUUCUACAAAUAAUAAAAAAAAAAGCUAUUGUUAUUAUUAUUUUAAAAUAAUGAUAAUUAUUGAGAAUUCAAAAAAUAUAAAAUUGACCCGAGUUUUGAAUGUUUGGCAAGUCCGUGAAAUUUAGAAAAAAAAAGUGUAAAUGAUUGUAAAGAUGGAGAGAGAUGAGAGAUUGUAUGUAUAAAUGUCAUUAAUUUAUUAAUUGAAAUUUUUUUAUAAUUGAUAAUUAUGUUUAAUAUAUAUAUUGUUAUAGUUGAUAUAAACAAUGCUAGAUUAUCGCACGCUUUUUAUUUAUAUUUAAGAUGUCAUUAGUUGUUAGUUAUUAUCUAUUAGUACUUAAUAAUUAAUUAUUAUUAAUUAAUCGUAUAUUGUUAGUUAUUAUUGAUAAUUAAUAAUUAACAAUUAGUAUUUAUUUAUUUUUUACAUGAGAGACAUGUUAUCUAGUUUCAACGGAAAACUGUAUCCUCGAAUCGAUGCGUCCCUGGAAUGAUUAUACUAGUCAUAUAUUUAUAUAUCGGGUGUGCAAAUAAUAUAUGAAUAGGAUCGAUUGAUCCUAAAUUCGAAAAUUUAAAUUCUGCUCAUAUCUCAUCAAAUUAUUUGCACAUCCGUAAGAUAUAUCCCUAGCAGACCUGAGUUACCGUAAAUUUACGGUAUUUUUACCGUAAAUCUACCGUAGAUUUACCGUAAAUUACGGUAAAUCCACCGUAAAUUACGGUAAAUUCGCCGUAAUUUACGGUAAAUUGGUACUUUACGGUGGAUUACCGUAAAUUACGGCGGGUAUACCGUAAAUUUACCGUCGAAUACGAUAAAUCUACCGUAAAAAAAUUCGGGUGGAUUACUGAAUUACCGUAAUUUACGGUGGAUUACCGUAUUUCCGUAUUUUACGGUAACUCCACGAUAAAUUACGGAAAAUCCGCCGUAAAUUACGGUAAAUUUACCGUAAUUUACGGUAAAUCAGUACUUUACGGUGGACUACCGUAAAUUACGGCGGGUAUACCGUAAAUUUACCGUCGAAUACGAUAAAUCUACCGUAAAAAAUUCGGGUGGAUUACCGAAUUACCGUAAUUUACGGUGGAUUACCGUAUUUCCGUAAAUUACGGAAAAUCCAUCGUAAUUUACGGUAAAUGGGUAUUUCACGGUGGAUAACCGUAAUUUACGGUGGGUUUACCGUAAUUUACCGUAAUUUUGGUCCGUUAGAGAUAUAUACACUUUUUUUUUUUUUUUUUUAAUUAAAAAAUUUUCUAUAAAUAAAAAUGCUUUUUGUAUUUAAUUUUCUAAUUAUAUAUAUUCUCUCUCUCUUUCUCUAUUUUUUUAUAAAAUUCUUCUUUCUCUUUCUCUCUCUCUUUCUAAAAUAAUAAAAUUGCAUGACGCUUGUCAAUGUCGCUCUGCUCAUUGUCUGCUAAACAAAUUCAACACCAAAAAUUCAAACUAAUUAUUUAUUUAUUUUAUUUAUUGCUAUUUAAAUUUUUUUUAUAAAACAAUUAUUUAAUUAAAUAAUAUUACUAAAGUCAAUUAUUGAAAAAAAUAAACAAAAUAUAUUUUAAUAUAAAAAAAAAGGAAUUGUAAAAAUAAAAUUAUUUUUUUUUGUUUUCUUUAAAUUAAAGUAAUUAAACUUUUUGUUUUUGUUUAAAAAAAAUUAUAUUCUGCCAAUAUAAAAAAACAAAAUAUCAUAAAUAAUUAAAAAUGAAAUCUAAUUAUUUUUAUAGCAAAUAAAUUAUUUUUUUCCCUUAAUUUUCCUAUUAAAUUAAAAAGAAAAAAAUUAGUUAAUAAAAAAAAAUAAAAACAAACGUAAUAUCAUACUUAGAAAAAAACAACAAUUUAUCUACAUACUCUUACACUUAACUCGAAUUCAUGCAUGUUUCAAUGUCUAUCUUGAUAAAAUAUAAAAAAAAAAAAAAAAUUUCAAAAUUAAUUAUAUUAAUAUUGAAAUUUAUAAAAAAAAAGUAGAUGAAAUUCUUUAGUCAUAUAUAUAUUAAAAAAAAAAAUAACUCGUGUAUUCGUCGUUAAAAUUAUUAAAUCUAAAAAAAAAUAUUUAUUAGAUGAUGUCUAUUUAAUCUUUAUCUUAACAAGCGCUCGAUAAAUUUAUUAUCAUUAUUAUUAUUAUUGUUAUUAAUUGCAGUGUUGCUAAUGCUAUUGUUAUAAUGCUGGGUAAUGCCGUAUGUCGUUGUUGUUUCUCGAUAUUCAAAAUUUUGUCAAUGUUUUUAAUAUUCAGGUUUUUUUAUCAUCAAAAAAUUGUUUAUUUUAUCAAAAAAAGUCACUAGAAUAUAAAUUUUAUCUCUAGAAAAUUUCUGGUCAUUAAAAAAAUAUCCUAUUUCUAGUGAUUUUUUGAGUACAAAAUUACUAGGACAUUCUGAAGAAUUUUUCACUUGAAAAGUACUAGAAUAUUCUAGGGAUAUUAGUCAUAACAAAAGUUAUUCCAGUUUUCUAAGGAUUUUUUUAAAUCUCGUAAUUUUACUAGACAGUUCUGGGAUCAUAAAAAAUAACUAGAUUUAAAAAUUAAAAUAGUCUAGUGAUUUCAUUCAUAAAAAAUCACUAGAACCUCUGGGGUUCAAAAUUCAAACUCUAGUCACUUCUUAACAAAAAAAAUUCUUAGUAAAUUAUCUAGUGACUUUUUUCAAAUCUUGUAAUUUUACUAGACAGUUCUGGGAUCAUAAAAAAUAACUAGAUUCAAAAAUUAAAUAGUCUAGUGAUUUCAUUCAUAAAAAAUCACUAGAACCUCUGGGGUUUAAAAUUCGAACUCUAGUCACUUCUUGACAAAAAAAUUCUUAGUUAAUUAUCUAGUGACUUUUUUCAAAUCUUGUAAUUUUACUAGACAGUUCUGGGAUCAUAAAAAAAUAACUAGAUUCAAAAAUUAAAAUUGUCUAGUGAUUUAAUUCAUAAAAAAUCACUAGAACCUCUGGGGUUUACAAUUCAAACUCUAGUCACUUCUUAACAAAAAAAAUUCUUAGUAAAUUAUCUAGUGACUUUUUUCAAAUCUUGUAAUUUUACUAGACAGUUCUGGGAUCAUAAAAAAAUAACUAGAUUCAAAAAUUAAAAUUGUCUAGUGAUUUAAUUUAUAAAAAAUCACUAGAACCUCUGGGGUUCAAAAUUCAAACUCUAGUCACUUCUUAACAAAAAAAAUUCUUAGUAAAUUAUCUAGUGACUUUUUUCAAAUCUUGUAAUUUUACUAGACAGUUCUGGGAUCAUAAAAAAUAACUAGAUUCAAAAAUUAAAAUAGUCUAGUGAUUUAAUUCAUAAAAAAUCACUAGAACCUCUGGGGUUUAAAAUUCAAACUCUAGUCAUUUCUUAACAAAAAAAAUUCUUAGUAAAUUAUCUAGUGACUUUUUUUCUGAAUAAACAAUUUUUUGAAAAAUUUAUUAUUUAAAGUGCAUUGCUGUGAAAGCUAUAAAUAUAAUAUAAAAAAAGGAGUUAAACACUAUUAUUACUAAUAAAGAAAAUAUAUAAAAAAAAAUGACAAGACGCUACGAUUCGAGUUUGUCAGUCCGUUUGAACCAUUGUUGUGGCCUAAUAGCCAACUAUAUUACCAACUAUUAUUAUUAUUAUAUAAUUAUUAUUAUUAAUCCAAAUAAAAAUACAAAAAAAAAAGUAAUUGUUGAAAUUCUUAAAAUCUAAAUCUACGUAAUUUAAAAUUAAAAUGGCCCAACUUAUUAUAAUUAUACAACCCUUUCUACUGAAUUUUCAAAUUAAUAAAAAAUAUUCCUGUUGAAAAUUGUUUCUCUUUCUCAAUAAAAAAAUAAAAAAUAAAAUAAAAAAAAAAUCUUUAAUAAUAAUUAAAAAAAAGCCACCCUCAGCUCUUACAAAGCAAUGUGGCACGUGAUAUAAAAAAAUAUUAAAUUUAAUAAAAAAAAAAUUCUACAACUUGUUACUUAUGAUUCGUAUUUCAUAAAAAAAAUUCUGCAAAAUGAUUCUUAAAAAAAAAAAUAUAAAAAUAAAAAUAAUAAUAAUAAUUAAUUGAUUUAAUAAUAAAAUAAUGUAAUUUAGAUGAAAAUAAGAUGUUAAUAUUCUCAUCAUGUUUAGAAUAAAAACAAUUUUUUUUUAAUUGAUAAUUAAUAUUUUUUUUUGAAAAACGCCGAAUUCUAAAGUAUAAAUUUUUUUUUCAUUGAGUGGUCUUAUAAUUUAAAAUAAAUUUUUAUUUGUUGAUUAAUAAAUAUUAGAAGCAGCUUAAAAUAAAAAUAAAAAGAUAAUGACUAUUCAGAGACAACGACACAACGCAUUAUUAAAUAAGUAAUAAUUAAAGCAAAUAAAAUAACAAAGUUAAUAAAAACGUAAUCAGCAUUAUAUUAAUUAUAUUUAUUGCAUUGAUAAUAUUAUUGAUAAAUUAUUUAGGAAGGUAUCUGUUGCCUAACGUUUUAAUACCGAUUCAUCAAUCGUCUUUUUUAAAUUUUCAUUAAAAAAAUUACUACUUUUUUUUUAUUUUACUGCAAUUAGAAAAAAAUCAUUACAGUUGAAUUGGUGAGAAGAUUUCCUGUUGUUUGAGUACCCACAUCAAUAUAUUUCGACCAAGUCAUUGUAGACGAUCAAUUCGUGGUUAAUUCGCGGACUCGCGAAUUAUUAACAAAUUUAUGACUUUAUUCAAAUGUAGUGAUGUUGGUACUCAUUUUAAAGGGAAUUUUACCUACUAUAAGAAAAUUUCUUUAUUUGACCGGAAGUAGUCCGAGAAAUUUAUGAAUCGGUAAUUAAAAUGAAAAGUAAAUGAUACCUUACCGAUAAUCAAAUAUUUAAUGAACUAAAUAUUGGAUUAAAUAAAAAUAAAAAAAAAGAAAUCUAAAUUACAUGAAUAAUGAGUGGUGAUGAUUAUUAAAAAAUGUACUUAUUAAUUAGUAUUAAAGUAUUAAUUAAUAAUAUAAAUAAAUAGUGGAGUGAGUUUGGUUAUCGAUUAACUAAUUAAGAUUCGACGUUGAAAAAUAAUAUGAUGUUUAGGCUUUAGCUUUGUACGUGUGUGAAUGAUGAAUAAAAUUAUAAAACAGUUGAAUUUUUAAAUAAUAAUAAUAAUAAUUUAAAUAAACAACAAAAACAAAAGCAGUAAUUUAAGUGCCCUAUAUAUGGACAACAACAACAAAAAUUAACAAAAUUGAGUAAAUCAUUUUUUAACUGCCAUAUUAUUUGGUAUAUAUUGUUAUCCAAAAUAAUGAUAUUGAAUAUCUAAAUGUAUGAAUUUAUAAAUAAAUUUUUUACCUACAGCGAAUUUCAGCGAUUUUUUCGUUCAAAAAAUCAUUAUUAUUAAUAUGAUUUUUUUUUAUUAAAAUUAAUUAAUCGAAAAAAAAAAGAUAAAAUUAUUAAAUAAUUAUAAACAAGAAGCAAUACUAUUGAUGCCUAUAUUUAUUAUUCUUUACACGAAUAAAAAAAAAGUAAAUGAGUAAAUAAAAGUAAAAAAAAAAAAAAUUAUUAUUCAAUAAUAAUCUGAAUUUAAAAAAUUGAACCACAAAAUAAUUAAACUAAAAAUUUUAAAUUUAAAUAAAAUUUUUUUGUACAAAAAAAUCGCACGAAAUUUGCUGGGGAAAAUUAUUUUAUUUUAUUUAUUUUUUUUAUAUUUAUAAUUGACGUCAUCAAGUAGUUAAAAAAAAAAAUUUUAUUUUAUUGAGUUAAAAAUAUAUAAAGUAAUAAAAAAAAAAAAAAAAAAAAAAAACAAAUCUUGUAUAAAGAAUAUAAAAAAAAAUAUAUAUUAUAUAUAUAAAUAGUUGGCUUAGAAGUUGAACGCUGGAAUACGAGCGAAGUUUGUUGUUAAAUGUAAUUUUAAGUAAUAAAAUAAAAAAAAAACCCAAACCAAAAAAAUAUUAAUUGAAAAAAUUGAUUAAGUAACGAUAAUAAUAUUAUAUAUUGUUGUUAGUUAUAUUAUAUAGAUAUGAUAUUACCGAACAAAAAAAAAAGAA